AUGCAGGGGUACCCGUUUACCUGGGAAAGUGGAGAGGGGACAGUAGACUGGAUUGAAGAAAGAUUGGAUAAAGUGCUGGUCACGCAGGAAUGGCGAGAUGUGGUGAGAAAGGCAAGUGUCUUGAACAUUCUAACCCGACGCUCAGAUCAUUCUGCUCUUUUCCUUGGGAUUCUGAAUCUUCGGGAAAGGACGGGUGGUGGGAGAAAAGGGUUCCGGUUUGAGAUGGCCUGGCUUCAUGAUGAGGGUUGUAGGGGUGUGGUUGAGACGACAUGGAUUGAAGGAAGAGAUAGAGGUUUACAAGCCUGUAUCGAAUUAUGUGGUAAUAAGUUAUUGCGAUGGGGAGGUGAUAAAUAUCAUAGGUUUGAUGAGAAAUUGCGGUGCCUACGCAAGGAACAAUUGCGGUUACGGGGACGCACAGAUCAAAAUUCAUUGGCUGAGUAUCAGCAGUUGGAGGAACGCCUGGCCCAAUUAGAAGCUCAGGAGGAUGCCUUUUGGAAACAGAGGGCGAAACAACACUGGCUGAAGGGGGCAGACGCGAAUACAAAGUUCUAUCACAGGGAGAUGCCAUGA